CUCCGGCCGAGCGGAGGCGCGACGGAGACACGAGCGCGGGGCGGAGAGCCCGGCGCGGCGAGCCGCAGUGGGGCUUUCGAGCCGUGAGCCGCGGAGAGCGGGGGCCACAGAGCCGCCCCGGGAGUGAUGCGCCGGGUGGGGCGCUGGCCCCGGAGGGCGUGAGCCGCCCGCAGAUUGAGCAACUUGGGAACGGGCGGGCGGAGCGCAGGCGAGCCGGGCGCCCCGGACAGUCCUGCGGCGGGCGGCUGAGCCGGCCGCGCCCUCGCCCCUCCCGGGCCUGCCCCCGCCGCGGCUGGCAGCGCCGAGGGUUUGGAACACUUCUGAUCCCAGAGGUGAAGGAAGCCAGUGCCACUUGGUCAGAUGGAAUUUGCAUCUGGAUCGCCCUCUUCAUCUCUCAGCUGAGACGGUGGUCCCUGGUGAUUCCCGUGAGAGUGGGCCAGAAGAUCACUUCAGGCAGAGGCUAGGUUGUUUUUGGGAGUAACCCCUGCUGAAGUGACAGAGAGGACUCCCAUGUGACACUCUGAGGUGGCUUUGAGGACCUCCAUUUGGGCUGAUGGAGGCUUCCCAUGCCCUCUCUGUCCCCCGCUGAGAUUAUGGUGGAUUUGGGUUCUGGCCCGGACCCGGGCCUCCUGCUGCUGACCCAGCCCCAGAGGCGUUAGCAAGAGCCCUGCGCUGUCCACCCCCCAGCGACCACCCCCCCUGCGGGGGCCUGGAGCCGGCCAGUGAGCAUGCGGCUUGGGCUGUGUGUGGUGGCCCUGGUUCUGAGCUGGCUGCACCUGGCCGUCGGCAGCCGGGGGAUCAAGGGCAAGAGGCAGAGGCGGAUCAGUGCCGAGGGGAGUCAGGCCUGUGCCAAAGGCUGUGAGCUCUGCUCCGAGGUCAACGGCUGCCUCAAGUGCUCACCCAAGCUCUUCAUCCUGCUGGAGAGGAACGACAUUCGCCAGGUGGGCGUCUGCUUGCCGUCCUGCCCGCCCGGAUACUUUGACGCCCGCAACCCUGAGAUGAACAAGUGCAUCAAAUGCAAGAUCGAGCACUGCGAGGCCUGCUUCAGCCACAACUUCUGCACCAGGUGUCAGGAGGGCUUGUACUUGCACAAGGGCCGCUGCUAUCCGGCCUGUCCAGAGGGCUCCAUCGCUGUCAACGGCACUACGGAGUGCAGCAGUCCUGCACAAUGUGAAAUGAGCGAGUGGUCCCCUUGGGGGCCCUGCUCCAAAAAGAAGAAGCUCUGUGGUUUCCGGAAGGGCUCUGAGGAGCGGACGCGCAGGGUGCUUCAUGCUCCUGGGGGGGACCACGCCGCCUGCGCUGACACCAAGGAGACCCGGAGGUGCACAGUGCAGAGGACGCCGUGUCCUGAGGGGCAGAAGAGGAGGAAGCAGGGCCAGGGCCGUCGAGAGAAUACCAACAGGAACCUGGCCAGGAAGGAGGGCAAGGAGGGGGGCUCCGGCUCUCGGAGACGCAAGGGGCAGCAGCAGCAGCAGCAGCAGCCUGGGACAGUGGGGCCAUUCACAUCUGUGGGGCCCACAUAGGCUCAGCGUCCAGAUACCAGGCCUGCACAGAGGAGCCCAGAGCUGUUCUGCGUGAUGAAAGCUUUCCAGAACGGGGUCAUCGGAGGCAGUGCACACGUGUGCAUGCGCACACACACACACACACACACACACACCCCUGAGGCCACCAGAAGACGCUUUCAUCCUUUGGCCUGGCGGUACACACUCUGUUUAAGAUGUGCCCCAGUGGACAUGUCAGAACAUUUCCCAGCAUCCAAACCCCAACUUUGCAGAGUGGAACCUUCGGGAGGAGCUGCUGGGAUCGCAUCUGCCAGAAGUGGCGGACAGAGCCAAAGCUGGAGGACCGCAGGGCGACGCCUCCUCCCACCCGGAUCAGCUGUGGGACCUUAUGGUUGGAGACUUAUUGUUACACAGCCAUGAUACCUAUCAGGGCUGACCUGACUGCUUAAAGGUUUAUUUCAAAUUAAAAAACAAACAACAACAAAAAAAAACCCAGCAGUAAUCACUGGCACCAUGUUCCUCUUCAGGGUUUGAGGAUCGGGAGGUCCACAUGGGAGCAAGAAGGGUCAGGGUCAAAGUUCAGAGGCCCCUAAUGGCCUCUGUGACAAAGGAUCCAGAGCAGGAAAAGAAAUCCAGGACUCUAGGAAGGGUGAUCACCAGGCUCUCUCACAGCCUUCUUACUCAGAAUGCAGUCCGUGGACUGGCAGUGACAUAGUCACCUGGUGGCUUGUUAGGAAUGAGAACUCAGAUCCCAUCCCACACCUGAUGAGCCAGAGUCUGCAUUUGAAGGGGGGGGGUCCAGGUCAUCAGCAAGCACUUCCCAGUUCAAGAGGUACUGCUCUAAGAACCCUAAGGAGGAGCAAAGGGCUCCAGGCCAGCUCUAAAGGAGGACUUCCCACCUGGGAGGGCAGAGUCUGUGUCCUGAAGGGCUAAGGUGGCUUUCCCAGGGAAAAGGGGUGCACAGGCUCUCUGAGAUGGCUGGGGACUAAACCAAAGGGAACAGUAAAUCCUAGAGCCAUCAAGAAGGAGGGAGAGGGGCUGGGGUUGUGGCUCAGUGGUAUGUGUGAGGCUCUGGGUUUGAUCCUCAGCACCAUAUAAAAAAUAAAUAAGGGCUGGGAUGUGGCUCAAGCGGUAGCGUGCUUGCCUGGCAUGCAUGUGGCCCGGGUUCAAUCCUCAGCACCACAUACAAAG